GCGGCCAUGGCAGACGCCGCGCGGGAGGAGCUCUCGGCCCUAGCGGCGAUUUUCUGCGGGCCGGACGAGUGGGAAGUGCUGAGUCGCUCAGGGACAGAGGGGACGGUGUUCAGAAUUCUCACAAAAGCUGAAGGCCUCAUGGGUGCCGACGUACCUUUAGAAUUGGUGUUCCAUUUGCCGGUCAAUUACCCUUCAUGUUUACCUGGUAUCUCAGUUCACUCUGAACACCUGACCCGGGCCCAGUCCAUGACUGUGAAGGAGAAGUUACUUAAGCAAGCAGAGAACCUUUUGUCGGAACCUAUGGUCCACGAGCUGGUGCUCUGGAUUCAGCAGAAUCUCAGGCAUGUCCUCAACCAACCAGAAACUGGAAGUGGCAGUGAAAAGUGUACUUCUGCAACUGGCAUGACUGUGGAUGAUGGACUGUGGCUAACUCUUUUGCAUUUAGAUCACAUGAGAGCAAAGACCAAAUAUGUCAAAACUAUUGAGAAGUGGGCUUCCGAUUUAAAGCUGACAGGAAAACUGAUGUUUGUGGGUAAAAUAAUACUGAUUUUACUACAAGGAGACAGAAGCAAUAUCAAGGAGUACCUGCUUCUUCAAAAAACCUCCAAAGUAGAUGUGGACUCAAGUGGAAAGAAAUGCAAAGAGAAAAUGAUUAGUGUACUGUUUGAAACAAAAGUACAGACAGAACACAAAAGGUUUCUGGCAUUUGAAGUCAAAGAGUAUUCAUCGUUGGAUGCGUUACAAAAGGAAUUUGAAACUGCAGGACUUAAGAAGCUUUUCUCUGAAUUUGUGCUUGGGCUGGUAAAAUGAAAUGGAAGACAGGAAUCUUUUAGUCAGACAGCGGUGGCUUUUUGUUUUGUUUUGUUUUGUGUUUUAUAGUGGAUUUUGGGAAUGGUUAAUUGAAAUUAUCGUAAGGAAACAAUUUUAAAGUUUCUCUGAAGCAAAAUGAUAGACACCAUUCUAACUUCAGGAACAAAAGCCCAUUUUGCUUAUGGAUUAUUAAACUUUAAAAAUGCCCAUAUAUUCUAAUUUUUGGCAGUAAAGGCUAGGUUUAAUAGAUGGAAUGUUAUUUGAAAGAUAAAUAUGAAAUGAUGGUAAAUGAGCCCUUGUAAUUAUAUAGAGGAUUUGUUUGGAACUGUGCAAUUUUCUAGCUAAUUUUCUUGUAAUUAAAUGAAUUUUUUUAAA